CUCUAAUAUUGUCGACAACAAAAACGGUAAAGCCGGAUUCUUUUCUUCCCUCCUUCCUUUCUCGGGACACGUUAGCCAUGGCUUCCGCCACCGCCACCACGGCGGAGAAGGCCAACCAGUCUUCCUUCAGUCGCGAAAAGUCAGUCACUCUCACCCUACUUGUCUCUAUUUUUUUAGUUUCUGUCGUUUGGUCUUUCACCGAUCACUCCCUGAGAUCAAAACUGACAGAACAUAUCUAUUCCAUUGACCGAUCCGCCGUAGACCGCAGCUCCGACCCACCGGAGAAGACCUUUUACGACGACCCAGAGCUCAAUUACACCAUCAAUAGACAUAGACCCAUCGUUGACUGGGACGGAAAGAGGGCCGAGUGGCUGAAGCUCCACCCCUCAUUCGCGGCCGGAGUAGAGAACCGUGUGCUCCUCCUCACCGGAUCAAAGCCCGGCCCCUGCAAGAACCCGGCCGGCGAUCACCUGCUCCUGAGGUGCUUCAAGAACAAGGUGGACUACUGCAGAAUCCACGGCCACGAUAUCUUCUACAACAACGCCUUCUUCCACCCGGAGAUGCGGUUUUAUUGGGCCAAGAUUCCUCUGGUCCGGGCGGCAAUGCUGGCCCACCCGGAAACAGAGUGGGUCCUUUGGAUGGACUCCGACGCCAUCUUCACCGACAUGGAUUUUAAGAUUCCUCUGGAGAGGUAUCGGAACCACAAUUUCGUCGUCCACGGUUGGCCGGCGGCGGUUGUGAGGAAGAGCUGGGUGGCGGUCAACGCCGGGAUUUUUCUGAUCAGGAAUUGCCAGUGGUCAAUGGGGUUUUUAGACGAAUGGGCGAAAAUGGGCCCACAAUCUCCCGAUUACGAAAAAUGGGGCGAGAUCCAACGGUCCACAUUGAAGGACAAGAUGUUCCCGGAAUCGGACGAUCAGUCGGGGCUGGUUUACCUCCUGCUGAAAGGAGGCAAGAAAUGGACGGACAAGAUUUACGUGGAGAACGAGUACUCUUUGCACGGCUACUGGGUCGAGAUCGUAGGGAGGCUGGACAACAUCACGGCGAGCAGGGGCGGAGCCAGGACACUGGGCCACACUGGACCGGUACAAAGAAUAUUUUUGAAAAUUUUUUUACACGGAUUUUUUACACUAAAAAUAAAGACAUUUUUAAAAUUUGGGCUGGGCCAGGGCCAGGUCUGGCCCACCCCCAGCUACGCCCCUGACGGCGAGGUACGCGGAGAUCGAGAGGGGAGAGCCGUCGCUGCGGCGGAGGCACGCGGAGGCGGUCAGUGAGAGCUACGCGGCGGCGUGGGAGCCGCACGUGGCGGAAGGCGGGGAGCGGAAGGGCCGGUGGAGGCGGCCCUUCAUAACGCACUUCACGGGAUGUCAACCGUGUAGUGGGAACCACAACCCGGAGUACGGCGGCGACUCUUGCUGGGAAGGGAUGGAGAGAGCGUUGAAUUUUGGUGACAAUCAGGUCCUUCGGAAUUUCGGGUUUAUGCAUGGCAACCUUAAAACUUUGUCACCUCUCAUGACCGUACCCUACGAUCAUCCUUCAUAGUUACAUGAAAUUAUAAGGUACACCCGGAUGUACCUAUUAAAGUGCAGACAUCCAUUUGUAAUUGUUUUAAAGUACAGGCAUCCAUUUGUACGAUCGGCAUUCUAUUUCAUCCGUUCCGUUGCAGACUCC